AAAAGCGAGGGGCGCAGUCCGAGCCGCACGCACUCUGACUGAGGCUCGGCGUAGGCAUCGCACACACAGACAGUAAUCAUGUCCAGUGGAGAUAAGUCCAAGACUUCUUCCCAGACUGACGGGAAGGCUGCUCAGGGCAAGAAGUCUGAGAUGGGAAUGAUGUCCUACAAGAUGUACGUGUUCGACCAGGAGAACUUCCAGGGUCGCAUGAUCGAGAUCAGCAACGAGUGCAUGAAUGUGUGUGAGAUGGGCAUGGACCGCGUGCGUUCCCUGCGUGUUGAGUGUGGACCCUUCGUGGGCUUCGAGCAGAUGAACUUCUGCGGUGAGAUGUACAUCCUGGAGAAGGGAGAGUACCCUCGCUGGGACUCCUGGAGCAACUGCCAGAGGAAUGACUACCUGCUGUCCUUCAGGCCCGUCAGAAUGGACCCUGAGAAGCACAAGAUCUGCCUGUAUGAGGUGGGAGAGUUCAAGGGACGCAAGAUGGAGAUCAUGGACGAUGACGUUCCCAGCAUGUUCUCCUACGGCUUCACCGACAGAGUGGGCAGCAUCAUGGUCAGCUGUGGAACCUGGGUGGGAUACCAGUUCCCCGGAUACCGUGGCAGCCAGUACCUGCUGGAGAAGGGCGACUACAGGCACUUCAACGAGUACGGCGCCCGUCAUCCUCAGUUCCAGUCUGUGAGGCGUAUCCGUGACAUGCAGUGGCACCAACAGGGCUGCUACACCAUGGCCAGCAAGUGAGGUUCAGGGAAGGAGAGAAAGAGAAAGAGUGGAAAUGAGGGAGAGGGGCGGAGGAAGAGGGAGAGGGGUAGAGAUGUCUGAGGCCUUUACCUCAGUAGCUUAAAAAAAGGUCUAUGAUCUGAUGCAGUGAGAGGAAGGGUGAGGAUGUGUAUCGGCCCCCUAAUCGGAGACAACACCUCAGUGGAAGGACCGGCUGGACCACAAAAGCCACCCUCCUUUCCUCUCUGUCUUUACUUUUCUCUUUCUCCCCUGUGGGCUGAGCUUGAGCUUUGCUUUCCCCCCUUUCUCCCUUUUUUUAAGUCUCUCACUUCAUUCCCCUCCUCAUUCCCCUGACACCAAAGAGCACCAUGCCUCUUGCUUCUUUUACACCCACGAUUCUGGGCUCCGGGUAUGAUGCACCAUGGGAAACUGAGUUCCUAGAGCCCCUUGCCCCUGUCUUCUUGCCCCUGUGCACUGCACGCCCCUCUCUGCUGUACAGAAUACUGGCCAAGUUUUCAAUAAAAAGGAAAAUUUUGAUUUCAAA